GUGUGCCUUGUCCAGUGGGUGAUCCCUUGCUUAGUUUGUGCAAGACCCUGGAUCCCAAUUCUGUGGCCCUGCAACAGUGAAGCCAGAGUUAAAGGAGUGCCCACCCGCCACAUCCGACCAUGUCCUACGUUUUUGUCAACGAUUCCUCACAGACUAACGUGCCCUUGCUUCAAGCCUGCAUCGAUGGGGACUUCACCUAUUCCAAGCGGCUUUUGGAAAGUGGCUUUGACCCCAAUAUCCGAGACAGCAGGGGCAGAACAGGCCUGCACCUGGCCGCCGCCCGAGGAAACGUGGACAUCUGCCAGCUGCUACAUAAGUUUGGUGCUGACCCCCUGGCCACCGAUUAUCAGGGCAACACUGCCCUCCACCUGUGUGGCCACGUGGACACCAUCCAGUUCUUAGUCUCCAACGGACUCAAAAUUGAUAUUUGCAACCACCAAGGUGCUACCCCUUUAGUUCUGGCCAAGCGCCGGGGCGUGAAUAAAGAUGUCAUCCGGUUGCUGGAGUCUUUGGAAGAACAGGAGGUAAAAGGAUUUAACCGAGGCGCACACUCGAAGCUGGAGACCAUGCAGACCGCAGAGAGCGAGAGUGCCAUGGAAAGCCAUUCUCUGCUCAACCCCAACCUGCAGCAGGGCGAAGGGGUCCUGUCCAGCUUCCGGACCACGUGGCAGGAGUUCGUGGAGGACCUGGGCUUCUGGAGGGUCCUGCUCUUGAUCCUGGUCAUUGCUUUGCUGUCCCUGGGCAUCGCCUACUAUGUGAGCGGGGUACUGCCCUUCGUGGACAACCAGCCUGAGCUGGUGCACUGAGGGUCCAGAGAUGAGGCAAGGCCCAUCAGCGUUGGUCUUCGGUUCUUAGAGUAUUCGCAGCGCGGUGCAGCGAGGGCUGGUUUUCGUUUUUGGAUUUUUGCUUACCGUGACUCUUUCGGGAGAAUGAAGUGUUCCUUUGAACUCGUCCUGUGGUGGGUUAUACUGCAUCCUAGUGCUACCUCGGAAUGCUGUGACUUGUUUUUAAAGAAUAUCUGCCAGAGGCUUGUGUGAUCAAAUGUCUUGCAAGGCCGAGGCUGGGGAGGCCUCACAGCAGGGACCCCACCCUGAGAGAGGAGCAGUGACCCCCGGAAAGCAGAUUGGUUUUUUCCUUUGAUUCCGUUUUGUCCAUGGAUUUGUGUCAGAGCCCUGUUCUGGUUUUGCUCACUUUCCUGGGAAGAGGGGAAAGUGAAACUUUCUACUUAAUUUUGAUUUUUUUUCUCACAACCUAAAUGGCAAAUUAGAGCUGUCGGAAUCUUUGAAUUUUAAAGAUUGCUUUCAAGCUACUCACAUGGCAGACAGGUCUUAAAAAUUAACAGUCUUUUCUUUAACGUGGAUGAUUUGAUCUAACGUUUGGUUGCUGUGGGAUGAUUUUGAUUCAUUCCAAACUGAUUGCAGCAUCUGUAAAAAUCAGCCUGUAGAGUUCACUACUCAGUCCCCAGACUCCUCCCACUUUAUUUUUGAGAUGUCCUGCUCAGAAAACAUCAGGAAACCCCAGUGAGUGGCCAAUAGAGAAAGAAUCCUGUCCUCCACGGUCACCUGCCAGCUCGCUGUGUGUCACGGUCAUCACAACUAGGUCAGUGAGUGUCCAACAGCGGAGGUGAGGAGUCCGUCUGCCUCAAGAGCCCCGAACGAUGUCAUGCUGGAGUCAUGGUUCCCGUCUGCUGUGUGUAGGUGCACGAUGUGAUAGAGAUUUGGACCCCACUGUAGCCUCUUAGAGUGUGUUUGGAAGCCCUUUGCCUGAAGUUCUGUAAUAUACAGGUCAUGUUUUAUGUUAUUAUGGAAACCUAAUAAUUUUUCAUUAAGUAAAAUCUGAAACCCACAGUAAAGACUCAGUGGUUUUGCUUUCAGUAGCAAAGACGCCACCAGCCUCUGGCUUGCCAGUGUUUUCUCCUCUGCUUUUAGAUACCAGGUAUCAAUACUUUCUCUCACAUGGCUGUGUCCUAGCUGAAGGAACUGCUUCCCAGCUCCUGACGUCAGAAUCAGCCUGCAGAGGCUUACUCCGACUUAAUCCUGUUUGGUGGAAUGCAAGGAGGGAGAGUAGGUGUCUGUCUGGAGACCAGUAGAAGUCAAGUUCAGAGUGUGUCCAGGACAAAGCGCUUUAGAAGUAGCUUCCCGUAGAUCUGGAUGUCUGUACCAUGUAACGCACUGCAUCUGAGGUCCCUGCUUCCCGCCCCGUGCUGGUUUCUUUGCAUUGUGUGCUCUGCAUUAUUUGUUCAGUAAUAAAUAAUAAAUUUAUUGGCACCAAUAAACACAGUUAUAAGUC